UGAUAUCUACAAACAACCGGCGUUUGAUAAUCCUCUUCUGAAAUAUCACAAACUUCAGAUGAGACCUAGCAGUUUUCCAGAAGGCAUGACCAUUAAUUCAAAUUUGCUCAAGAACACCACAUGUCCAAAUGGAACGGUUCUUAUUCGCAGAACUACUAAAAAUGAUUUAAUACAUGCAAAAACUCUUCAAAAUCAUGUCAAAAGACAUGUUACGAGUUACCCAUCGGAUAAAGCGAAAACUAGCAUUGGAACUGGAAGCCAUGAUCCAGAUGAAGGAAAUUGGUGGUUAACCUAUGGGGAAGAAAGAUCUCUAGUAGGAUAUUGGCCAAAGGAGCUUUUCAAUAAUUUAGAGAAAUCUAAUGAGGUUGAUUUUGGUGGUGCAGCUUACUCUCCUUACAAUGAACCUAGUCCUCCCAUGGGAAGUGGUCAUAUGCCUUACGAAGGUCCAAAUAGGACAUGUUAUUUUCUGAAUAUUAAGUUAGUAAAUAAAAGAAAUCAGCUUUACAGUCCAAAAUCUGUUAGAGUCAGGCUAUUAUCUACUAGACCUAACUAUUAUGGUAUCGAUGGAAAUUAUGACUCAGGGUAUCCAGAUGGUUACAAAUUUCGUUAUGGUGGUCCUGGAGGAUACACUCGGAUGAAGGAUGUAUAA